AUGGAGUGCGAUCGUGAGUUGACCAAAACGUCGGACAAGUUGAAAGGAAGAGGCAUCGAAACGAGUGGGCGCCAUUGUUCCGUGCCCUACGAAACUUCAGACGCCGACGAGAACGUGUGGCUGGUGAACAUGAUGGAAAUUUCAGUGACGUUCGACUUGAAGCCGACGUCCAAGCUCAGCUCAGACUUCCACGACAAGCGAUCACGUGCGUUUGGGAGACACGACACGGCUGAGUCAGCAAGUCAAGCAUUUGGCUUGCGACUUCCUAGCUAG